AUGUGCAAGUGCGUAACAAUUUCCCGCCGGAGUGGCACCAGUCCGCCCAACGUCCGGCCACGUGAACAACGAGCCACCUUCAGCAGCAGCAGCAGGUGUUGCCAGCUGCAGCAGUUAGAAGACAAGCCCCGCCCGACACUGUGUCUCUAUAAACUGUCCGUGGCAGCUUGGUUGCUGAAAACCAUCAACAUAGGUUGCCCACAGUCGGUGUUGUGGUGCCCACGUGGCGAACCGGGAACCCCGCGGCCGCCGAAGCCACCGCUAUGGCCCCCGGAGCCGGAACUGCCGCUCGAAUCGCAGUGGGCCGACGCCGGCGAGGGCUACUGGGCUAACCAGCAGGGGAACAACCCGUGGUGCUAUCCAACGAAGACCAACAGCCAGCCACAUCCGCAGCAGCAGCAUCACCACCACCAUCAAAUCACGACCCCGACCUCCUACCGGACCGAAUACGAACUGUCCGGAUCGUACGUGUCGCUCGAGUGUCCCGCGUCACCUCCCGGUCCGCCAGCAUGCCUGCUCGAGAAUCGACGCGACCCGCAAGGUCGGCUAGCGCACGCCCUGCGCAAUCUCUACACCGAGUUGGCGCUGAAGGAGCCGGUCCUGCCGACCUGGGUCCAACCGGUGGCGCCCGGCGUCCUCUGUCCGGCCCGGCUCGAACCCGAACUAAGACUGCACAUCCACUCGCACGGCCUAAACGAGUGCAUCACCGUGGACCAGAUCCUGGCCGCCGUUCAGACCAAGGAUGGACCGUUUCUGGAGGCGCCACGGCGUGUCCUCAUCGAGUGUCCGCCGUGGGUCACGCGUAGCACGCUGGCCCUCCGGAUACUGCACGGCUGGAGCCGGGAACCGCCGUGGCCUCCGCGAGGUCAACCCGUAGCGUUGGCACUUUUUGUACCGUUGAACGAGCUACGCGGGUCUAUAUCCAGCUACGUGGCGAAAGAACUGCUGCCUCGCGGACCGCAGAACCCGUUUGCGUCCGGGUUUGGCGGUUUCAACGCCGCCUGGAGCUCGCUUGAGUCGCUCAAGAGCAAACUGCUGAUCGUGCUGGACGGGUACGACGUGCAGAGCAAGUCCCGCAAGAACAAGACCGUGCAGAAGGACGUGGCGGAUCUGCUGGAAGGUCGACUCUUUCCGGAAGCACGGGUCAUUUUAAUUUCCGUAACGUCAUCCUGCAGUGAGCUUCUGCCGUUGAUGCAGCGGCACAUCACCUUUGAGGGCAUCACUUGGGGCCGGUCGGUUUCGCUGCUCGGAGGAGGGCAGUGGGGUGCCCCAACGAGGCUCAUCGACAGCGUUCAAGACUGCCACCAUCUGCGAAACAUUGCCCGGACUUCGCUAGGAUGUCUGGCUAUUGCCGCGAUCUACAACUCAAACGCCGGCGUCCUUCGGACCGAGGACGAAAUCAACGUGAUAGCGUCCGUGUUCAACUGCGUAGCGGCCAACUCGUCACACACCCAGGUCACCGAGCUAGGACGGCUAGCCCUGUUCUGUCUCAAGACCAAACGAUCAACGGUUAGUUCAGCGGAGCUUAAAAUGUACUGCUCCUCGCCGGAGACCAACAUCAUCGGCUGCCUGGACAAAGGUCCCGUGUUUGGACGCACCGCCCGGAGAAAAUCCGAGUACCAGUACACGACGAUCUGCCCCGGAAUCGCCGAGUUCCUAGCGGCCAACUACCUGGUCUCACUCGCCAGCCGACCGGGACUGCUCGCAGCUGAAGUAGCUGGACUUGCCAUCGGCGACGAAGUCGAGCCCGAGAUCCUCAAAGUCCUCACGUACUCCAUGGCACUGCUGGGAUCUCGCGCUCACCUGCUCCUCUCCAAGUUGACCCCACUCUGGUUGAGUCCCCAAACGAUCUUCUCCCUAGCCCUAGCCGGCGGUGAAACCGAGGCCAACCUCACAGCUCUCUGCGAGAUCCUGGGCAUCUCCAAGUCACCCCCAAUCCCACCGCUCGAGGCUAAACCCAUCUGGGUGCAGAUCAAGUCCACUGCCUCCGAGCUGCAAGGAUGGGGAAUGGCUCUGAAGAGCCCAACCUGUACGCUGAAGAACCUAGAAAUCGUCUACCAAAUCGAGAAGAACAUGCUGCUCGAGUCGCGCAACGUGAUGGACAUCUUCCUGGACGCACUGCUGAAGAAUGAGUCCGUCACGACGCUGCGGAUAACUUCGCUGAUCGAGAACGAGGUCCGCGACUCGGACAUCAACUACCUGGCGUCGUGCAUAUCCAAGACGGUGCUAAAACCAAGACUGGAGAGUUUCGAACUCAUUCUGACCCUGCUUGAGGAGGAUCCUCCUAUCCUAAAGUUACAGUCGGUGGUGACCGGUCUCUGCCGGACAAUUCCGCGACAACCGAAGCUCAGCAAUUUGAUUCUGGAUCUUAGUCUGUGCACCUCCCAGCUGGUUCAAAUCUGCUCCAUGCUGGAAAAGUGUCCUCAAGUGACGCGACUCUCAUUCCCGCAUCUUCGCUGUGAACGCGGUGCCGUUGGGGCCCUGGCCAGUCUCCUGAACGCCCGACCCCUAUCAUAUCUUGCGCUAGCGUCCAGCUGGGGCGCCCGCGACGAUCCUCCUUCCUCGAGUGGCGUCAGCAUGGGCUCCGGCUCCGGUAGCAGCUCCGGCAACUCUGGCCUCAUCAAACAAUCGUCCCUCACCGGAGCGCCCUCGCCCCGAUCUUACCCUACCGGAAUAUUUUCAUCACUGCCCCGAGGAGUCCUCAACUCCACAUCGGCCAUGGGUCGAUCAGCUACCCUGCCCCGACAGCCUAUGGACGGACCGCCAGACAAGCGCAGCACCGAUUCCGUAAUCUCCCGAACGUGGUACCCGACCCCCGCUUGCGACGGAGGUCCCCACAACUCCGGAACCCUGCACGAACUGCUCCUGGCCGCUCGCGAUCCGUAUUCCCGACUGCACGGCCUAGAUCUCAGCAAGGCGCAACUCUCGCUGGAAGACUCCAUGUGUCUCGGAGAAACGGUUCGCGUCUCCGCUACUCUGCACUCGAUCAAGCUGGAAGGUGCCUCCCGGCUCAGCGAGAUCCUCCCGACGGUACUUGGCGCCAGCGAAUCACCCACCCUUCAAAUGCUGAGUCUCGGAUCGCCGCGGAUCGCCCUUGAGGACGCCGCCGUCGGAAUGUCCGCACGUGCCUUGGGUAGUUGCAUCACACUAAGACUGCUUAGCCUGGACGGGUGGAGCUUCAGGAUAGAGAACAUUGGCACGCUCGCCUCCGUCCGAGGCUUCUUGUCGCUAACGUCGAUCCGCGAACUUGGCCUCAACAACUGCCGGCUGAAUGUGUCCAUGUUCAAGAGCGAUUUGGCCAUGCCGAGCUCCGCGUACGAUUGCCGCUCCGUCGUGAACCUCAAAAUGGCCGGCGCACAGAUCCUCUUUGCCGACCACGUCUCGAUGAAGGGUCCCCACAUGCUACCAUAUCUGACCGGUUUCGUGAACCUGCGGGAGCUGGACCUGUCGGCGCCGUCGCGCACCGGCCUCGGCAGCACCACGUCCACCCCGUUGAUCCUCUCCGACAAGGACAUCAUCGGUUUCUUCUCCACCCUGAACGGGCACUUUAGCUCCCUGAACACGCUGAAGAUCUGCAACUGGAUCGUCCAUCUGGACGACGCGGUGCGCACGCUCAAAACUGUCUCCAAGCUGUUCAAGUCGAGCCCGAUGAGUCACGUCAAGCUGGACGGGAUCGUGGUGCUGGACAGGCCCAAGAAAGCCCGCAUCGAGGCGCAGUUUAUGCACGCGCUGCUCGGGUUUUUGCCGCUGCUGCGCUGGCUCGGCAUUACGGUGGCCGGGCUGAGCGAGGAGCAGAUCGUGGCCAUUGGGACGCACUGCGCCGAUAUACGGGGGAUGGAGAUUGAUGUGAGACUGUGCGAUUCGACGAUCGAGAAUGCAAGAUUGAUGACCCACUCGCUCGGACUGGACGGCAAGUUCGACAUACGGGUCUCGACGUUCGGCACGUCCAACAGCAUCCUGAUCCACAUUGAGAAAACUUCCACGAAAAGUUUAUCCCGCAAAUAGACCGACCGAACCGGAGAUGCAUGCACAGCCUGUCCGGACGUCAGACGAGUCUCGUCUCGUUCGAUAUGGGGUGCAGCAAACCUUAAGGCCAUGGGGGAUUCAAUAGGUAUAUCUCAACGAGACACGGUGUGCAAGGUCCAGGAGGUUGGUUGUUCAUCCUUGGCUCCCAGGAGGGAAGACAUAAAGUGUGUAAAAGUAUGAGGACUAAAGAAGGAGGAAAGUAGGAAGAAUCUUAAAGAAGGGAUUUGCGAGCACUCAGUCGGAAUGGAAGGCAAGAACCAAUCCCUAUCUCUCUCUCUUUCUCUCAUGAUGGUGUCUGUAAACCUGUAUAUUGGUAAGGGGAAAA